UCUCCGCAUGCGCGGAGGGACGGCCGUGAUGAGAAUGAAAGGGAAAGCGGCGCCCGGCUUGUCAAAUGAAUCCUCGUGACCUCUGACCCGAGCACGCAACUCCGGACGUUACGACGCACGUUCCGUUCCCUUCGCUAUGGCGGCGGGCGGAGAAAUCUCGCCCGGCCUGGCGGCGGAGCUGAGGCGCCUUGCAGAAUGCGCCUUGGAGCCGGCGACGCUGCCGGACGGGCUGGCCACGCUGAGGCGAGCUACGAGACUCUUCCGGGACGCGGCAGUAAGGGAAACAGCGACUGAAAGUUUGUUCCAAGAUCUCCUGCAAAUUUUGAAAAAAGUUUCACAUGAAAUUGAAGCGACAUGCCAGGAUGCCAGUACAUUGGCACACCUAGAUUCACAGUUGCAACUGCUGUCUGAAUGUUUUCGAUGCCUUCGGAAUGCUUGCGUGCAGUGUGCAAAUAACCAAAAUGUUAUGAGGAGCUUGGGUCUGAUUGAUGCAUCUAUCCAUGUGAUUCAGUUGCUACAGAAAUUAGAAAAUGAUCUGGAAUCACUCUUGAUAGCUUUUCGUUGUAGCCUCCAGUUUCUUGGAAAUAUUGCAACAGGGAACCGUGACUCCCAGAAUUCAAUAUGGAAACUUGCUUUCCCUUCUCUUUUCUUGAAUUGUUUAAAUCAUCAAGAUGAGAAAAUCGUUAAUUAUUGCUCUAUGGUUCUUUUCACGUGUCUUAAUCCUGAGCGAACCAAACAACUGCAGGAACAUCACAGCUUGAAAAUUGCCCUCAGCGUUCUGCAGGCUUCUAGAAGAUGCCCAGAAUUGGAAUGGAUGACCUUGAUUGUUACCAACCAUUUGCUGAAGUGCCCCGAGUUGGUCGAAGCCCUCUAUGCCAAACUGAGCGAUCCAGAAAGGACUUCAUUGUUAGAAUUAAUUCUGUCAGAAAUGAAGGAAAAUAAUGUCCUAAUCGGUGAAGAGAUGGCCACUUUUCUUGCCGUGUCCUUUGAAGAGAAGUGUCAGUCAGUGCUAAGAUUACUUUCUGACACAAAUGAGGACAAGGAAGCCCUGGUUGCAGCCCGUCUCCUUGAUAUUCUUUGUGAAGCGACAUCAAGUCCUGGAGAACCGCGGCCUUUGCAGGCUUGUCCCGGUUUGCUUGAAGUAGCUCUCGGCCUUCUGAAGCUUGUACAUCUUGCUGGGAAGCAGAGCACAAAUAUCUUCACCGUCACUUACUCAAUAGGGCAGGAAGAAAUUUCCCAUCCAGCUGUGGGCUUUAAAUCACACCUGAUUCGUCUCAUUGGAAAUUUAUGCUACAGGAAUAAGGGCAACCAAGAGAAGAGAGCAUCUUUUGGCAAAAAGGAACGGUCAGCUUAUCAUACCAUUAACCAGGUUCAUCGUGAUGCUGCAUUGUGUUCCCGUUCUUUAAGAAAUCCAAAGCAAAUGGGUCAAAUGGAAGCUACAGUGAUUGCUAUGUUUUAUUUUCUUUUGUUGCAUUUGGCAACAAAUAGACUCCUGUUUGUUGUAACUAUGGAAACUUUAGAAGCACCCUUUAAAAAGCUGCAUAUACAAUAAAGGGCUUAAAGUGUUGGUUGGAUUAUAGACUUCAGAAUAUGUUCAAUCUUCUAUCUAUCUUUUGAAAAAGAACAAGAGGGUAAUGUGAAUAUUAACCGAGGGCUUUGUUUAAUCUCCUGUGACACUUGUGUCUUAUGUGCCAUCCAGAGGUCCCUGGCUCACGGCUCACGCAGUGGAUUAAGGAAAAUCAUGCAUAUUCAUGACACUGAAUUGGAAAGUUGCACAAGAAAAAAAAAAGCUAUAAACCCGCUACAACACCCAAAUCCCUUUUUAAAGAAACUUGGCAAAUUUCCUCGGAGUAGACUAAAGAGAAUAACAUGAAUAGAUAAGCUAUUCCCUAUGUUUUCUAUUGUUAGCAUCUAUAUUAUUUCAUAAUAUUAUUUACAAUGCCCUUGAGUUAAGAUUUCAGGCCUUACAAAUAUUCAGAGGGUUUUUCUUCUUCUUAACAACAGGACUAGAUUGUUUGUCUAGCCUCCUAGUUUAUGCUGUUUGAUGGCAAAAGAUGGCAUUUUUCAGUUUCUGGCUAAAUGAGGGUGCAUUUGGUGCUUGUUAUAAAGAAGGACCAAUUCAUAUAUAUCUAACGCUGAUUAUAAUCCAACUCUAAAUGUUAUUGAAAUAAUACGCUCCUUACUAUGAUGUCUGUUAUAUUCAUUUUGACGUAAAAUAUAAAUCCAAGCUGAAGCAACAAGAGCUGUAUUAGAUGUUAGUGAGAGAUUUAUCUCUUAUUUCUUGUUUAAUAAUCAUUAAACUUAUAUACGUAGAAAUUCAGUGGGCAAUAAAUUACCUACCGUAUUUGAUGUAUACCUUAUUAUCUUGGCUAUUGGUCUCUCAUUUUUAAAUUAAAGGUGACAGUACUAGUAUUGUCACUCUUGUAACUAUUGUCAAUAGUGACUUUUUAAACAAGUCCUAAUAAAAAUUCAUUCUGAAAGCCGUACUCAAGCCAGUGAAAUAAUGGCAGUGUACGGUUAUGGGAUCAGGACUGAACUAUAUGGGAGUCUAGAAGAGAAUAUUUGUAGCUGGGGGUCCUUGGUGCUCUCUGAGCCUGGUUGUUUUCUUGCAGAUGUUUCAUUACCCAUCUAGGUAACAUCACCAGUGCCAGGUAAUGAAAUGUUUGCAAGAAAACAGCGAAGCUGAGAGAGCGCCAGGGAACCCAACCGGGCUUUUUUCCCCGUCUUGGUUUUCGGUGAUGACCGUUUCUUGGAAAUCUCUCUCAUCAUCAAAUUUUUAUUACGGUCAUGGACCAGCACAAAGAAAUUUAUUUAAUUGCUAAAUAAUCUGCAAAGGUAUUCUUAAGUUACGUUAGACAUAAUCACUGAAAUGCAUUUGACUUUUAUCAGGUGAUUUCUCGUCCAUUGUAUUUUUUACUAGGUGCUGCAUCAGAUCGGCAUUAUUUUCUUAAUGUUUUUAAGGUGAACUGCAUUCUCAAUUUAUUGAAAGAAAUUGUGUUAAUCUCUCAUGACCAAAUCAAAGGCCCUUGUGCCACUUAAAAAUGACACAUUUAUUAUAUAGAUUUACUGCUUAAUAUUAAAUUUUUAAAGUGCUAAAAACUAUUUUUCUUUGUCUGGAAACAAGUUAUUUAUACUUCUCUGGUGCUCUGCUCUUGGAAUACGGGAAACAAACACUAUAAAUAAAUAGUCUUAUCAAUUCAAAGAUCCAACUUUGUACUUGGAUUUGUCAGCUUUACAAGCAAUAUUAACCAUCCACAUUCUCCCAAAUUUCUAUAGGUUUUAUUCUCAUUUUAUUUGGCAUUCUUGCCCCACCCAGACUUAGACAGCCUUGUUGUCUAAGUCGCCCUGUAGGCAAAUGGCCGUAUGAAACUUAGCAAGAAAAUAUGAAGGAUCCGAGUGAAUUAUGCAUAGCUUUCUCCUAGAUGUGAAGCUACACGUAGCAAAUAAUUGAUGCCCUCCAGGCACUCUGCUUUGUGAGUCAGAAUUCCUUCUUCUGUAGGUGCACUAAGAGAAAUUAUAUUUUGUGACAUAACAUUUCGCUUGUAGCAUUUCCGUAAGUAGUUUUAAUGGAUAUGCUCAGAAAAUAGUUUCUAUCAAUGAUAAUGGAAAUGAUUAAACCUCUGCCUAAUGUCUGCCUUCAACUUUGCUCAAAGGGGACCACCAUGAAAGGAUUGUUCAAGGCUAUCUUACUUCUUAAUGUCCUGAGCAAAUAUGUCUUGAUAAUUUUUUAAAAAUAUAUUUUAUAUAUUUUAUUUUACAGAAAUAUGUUUCAAGGUAUUCAUGCAAAGUACAAUCAAUGAAAUAAACAGAGGCAUAGAAUCAAAAUCACUUGAAGUAUUAAUACCUGCUUUAUAAAUCCUUAGUAAGGCCACACCUGGAAUCCUACAUCCAGUUUUGGUCACCA